AUGAAUGGCCAUAACAACAACCACGAUGAGACCAACCGCGGGGCUAUGUCCAUUUCAUCGAUUCUCUCUGGUGGAGAACGACGUGCAUCGGAUGCCUCUCAGCAGCCACCGGCCCCACCGCUACAACAGCAGUCACCACUACAGCAACAGCCCCCUCCUGCUCUGCACCAUCCACCACCACCACCACAUCUCUCCCCCCACCAGACGCAUCAGGCACCGCACAUCUCGCCACAGCAUUCGCCUCAGAAUGGACACACCAUGCCGGGGCCUCCCAUGAUGGGCCACGAGCAGCACUACAUGCAGCAGCAGCACCCCCAGCAUCCUCAGCAUCCUCAACAGCAGUCGCCACCGAUGCUGCCGCAGCAUCACCAGCAUCAUCCGCAUCCACACCACUCGCCGCAGCACUCACCUCCCAUGCUGCAGCACCAGCACCACUCUUCCACAUCGCCGCCCAUGUACCACAAACAGCAGCCCCAUCCCCAGCAUCAACACCCCCCACCACCGCAUCCGGGUCACAUGUCCCCCCAGGGUCAUCCCAAUAUGUCUCCUCACCCGGUGCAGCAUCAGGGUCCUCAUCCCGGCCACCAGGGCCACCCAGGACACCCUGGCCAUCAGGGUCAUCCGGCACCACCUGACAUGUACGCUCCCCGCAUUUACAUGUCGCAGCAGCAGAUUCCGCAGCAGGCUCCGUGGCCUAUCCAGAUUCCCAUUCAGGGUCACACGUCUGUUGACGGCGAUCACUCUGCACCGGAGUCACCACCCGCGGAUGCAGAUGAUCCCGCAUACGCAGACGCCAAGACGGGAUUUCUACAGCAGGUCCAGAGCCGGCUGGAGGCCGUGGUGCAGCUGGAAGAGUUGCGAGACAAGGUCGUGAUUGAUGAAUACACGAAAACCAAGGCGUACACAAACGCAGCCCGCUACGCAGCCGUUAAGCAAAGCGCUAAGACGUCCCUGCAAAAGGAGGCGAUUGUGCGUGUGGCGUUUGUGGAGUACGAGGAGGGUGGUGGCCUGGCCGGCGCACAUACAUCGGCCAGUCCUGCUGCAUCGUCGUCAUCAUCAGCAGCCCCAGUGUCCUCCACAUCGUCAGCACCAGCGUCAGCUUCCUCUGCUGCAGGCGCUGCCGCCGCUGCCGCCGCAACAACUUCUUCUGUGUCCACUCCGAAGGCAAAGAAGCGAAGCAAGGCCGUAUCUAAGACGUCAGCUGCUGCUUCUGUCGCAGCGGGAACCUCCUCUAAGGAGGCUUCCCCUGCCCCCAAGCCAAAGACGAAGAAACAGCUCCAGGCAGAGCAGCGAGAGAAGGACAGGGAGAUUAGGGAAGAAAAUGCGGCGGCUAAGGAAGCUGCGGCUGCUGCCAAGCAGCUUGAUCAGGCCUAUGAUUCCAUUUGGAAGGAUAUGGCACGUCGAGACGCCGCCAAGGUGCACAAAACUGUGGCUGCAACGAUCGCCGUGAAGCAGUCCAACCACCGAAAAACAGCUGUUUUGGCGUCCAAGGAGGCCCGAAGAUGGCAAUAUCGAACCAACAAGUCUAUCAAGGACAUGCAAGGCAAGGCUCGACGAGCUAUGCGAGAGAUGCUCUCUUUCUGGAAGAGAAAUGAGAAGGAAGAGCGAGAUCUGCGAAAGAAGGCCGAGAAGGAGGCUCUUGACCAGGCCAAGAAGGACGAGGAAGAUCGAGAGAGUAAGCGGCAAGCCAGGAAGCUCAAUUUCUUGCUCACCCAGACAGAGCUAUACUCACAUUUCAUCGGUCGGAAGAUCAAGACUGACGAGAUGGAAGAUGGUGAGGCUGCCAAGGACGGUGACGAGGACUACGAGGCCAUGGAGAAGAUUGCCAAAAGUGGCAGCGAUGUGGAGACGAAGCGGGCUGCAGAGCUGGACUUUGACGAAGACGAUGACGACAAGCUGCGGCAGAUUGCCAUGCAGAAUGCUCAUAAUCAGGUGCGAAGGAACCAGCAGCAGGCCCAGGCGUUCGACGCGCAGUCUGAGACGCCUACCGCAGAAUCUGGCGCUGCAGCUGACUCGGAUGACGCCUUUCAGAACCCCACGUCUCUUGGAGACCUACAGCUCUCCCAGCCCAAACUCCUCAACUGCACUCUCAAGGAAUACCAGCUUAAGGGUCUCAACUGGCUGGCCAACCUGUACGAGCAGGGUAUCAACGGUAUUCUUGCUGACGAAAUGGGUCUGGGAAAGACUGUCCAGUCGAUCUCCGUCAUGGCCUAUCUCGCCGAGACCCACAACAUCUGGGGUCCAUAUCUUGUGAUCGCACCUGCUUCCACACUCCACAACUGGCAGCAGGAAAUCUCCAAGUUUGUCCCCGACUUCAAAGUGUUGCCUUAUUGGGGUAAUGGUAAGGAUCGAAAGAUUUUGCGAAAAUUCUGGGACAGAAAGAAUGUCAAGUACACGCGAGAUUCGCCGUUCCAUGUGCUGGUCACCUCAUAUCAGCUCGUUGUGUCUGAUGCCCAGUACUUUUCUCGAGUGAAGUGGCAAUACAUGAUUCUGGAUGAGGCUCAGGCCAUCAAGUCGUCUUCUUCUUCGCGAUGGAAGUCUCUGCUGGCUUUCCAGUGCCGAAACCGACUGCUUUUGACCGGUACUCCCAUUCAGAACUCCAUGCAGGAACUAUGGGCGCUGUUGCAUUUCAUCAUGCCCUCUCUUUUCGACUCGCACGAUGAGUUUUCCGAAUGGUUUUCCAAGGACAUUGAGUCGCACGCCAAGGAAAAGUCGCAGCUAGACCAGCAGCAGCUCAAGCGACUGCAUAUGAUCCUGAAGCCGUUCAUGUUGCGACGAGUUAAGAAGCACGUGCAGCAAGAGCUGGGCGAUAAGAUUGAGAUUGAUGUGUACUGCAACCUGACCACCCGGCAGCGAGUCAUGUACAAGAUUCUGAAGUCUCAGAUCAACCUGCAGGAGCUCCUUGCCAAGGCCCAGAGUGGCUCUGAAGAGAACACUCAGAGUCUGAUGAACCUGGUCAUGCAAUUCCGAAAGGUUUGCAACCAUCCCGACUUGUUUGAGCGUGCCGAUGUGAAGAGUGCCUAUAACUUUGGCCCUUCCAACUGUGGCUCUGACAAAGACACUUGGAUUGGAAGCAGCAAUCGAAACCUCAUCAGUUUUGAAGUCCCCAAGCUCGUGUACCGGGAGGGGGGCUUCUUGGACGUUCCUGGAGAACACAGCAAGGCCGGUAGCUUGAAUAAGCUGCUCAAGGUCGAUCUGAACAUCUGGGAGCCUUCUUGGAUGGGUCGAAAGAGAGACCUUGUGGUCGAGGAGGAAGGAGGAGUGGGCCGAGUCAGCCGAGUCAGUCAGAUGGGGGUCAUGGAGCGUGUUAUUAACGAGGUCAAUCGUGAUGUUCCCAGCGUCGGUGCGCUGCCCAGGUACACACCUGCUCCUUCUCCAUUUGACGUCUUUGAGACUCUCUACGACUCGUAUCUCCACCGACUGGAGCCUGCAUAUGACCCUCGCGUCGUUGCUCCUCCUGUGGACUUUGUUUGCCGUGACCGAGGGUUCCAGAUUGAGCAGGAGGAGAAGAUGGGUGGCGUGGACGUGCGAAGAGCCCUUACACCCCUCACUCUUGGCCAGGAACUGUGGUGGUUGGAGAAGGCCGAGGCCGAGGUAAAGGGCACCAAUGUCACUGCAUUGACUCCUGGGUCUGUUUCACUGCCUCCCAACGAUCUGUUCCCGUCUCGGGUGCUGGACUUCAACGGCAUCAACACUCUGCGAAUGCCCUCUAUGUCCAAGUUCAUCUCGUGCUCUGGCAAGCUCGCCAAGCUGGACGAGCUGCUCGCAGAGUUGAAGGCUGGAGGUCACCGUGUUCUCGUCUAUUUCCAGAUGACCAAGAUGAUGGACCUGGCCGAGGAGUACCUCACGUUCAAGCAGUACAACUACUGUCGACUGGACGGUUCCUCCAAGCUGUCCGAUCGAAGAGAUCUCGUCAACGACUGGCAGACCAAGCCCGAGCUAUUCGUGUUUUUGCUAUCCACUCGAGCUGGAGGUCUGGGUAUCAACUUGACAGCUGCCGACACAGUCAUCUUCUAUGAUUCCGACUGGAACCCUACGAUCGAUUCGCAGGCCAUGGAUCGAGCCCAUCGACUGGGACAGACCCGGCAGGUGACUGUGUACCGUCUGCUGGUCAAGGGUACUAUCGAAGAGCGAAUGCGAGAUCGAGCCAAACAGAAGGAGCAUGUGCAGAAUGUGGUCAUGAGUGGCCAGAGCCAGAGUCACGAGGAGGAGGUCAACUCCAAGCCGUCACGAGAUGUGGCACUGUGGCUGCUUGACGAUGAUCAGGAUGAGGCAUCGUUUGUCAAGGGCAAGGAGAACCGAGGCGUCAAGAGAGGUGCUGAGGGAGAGGAGGAAAAGAAGGUGGAGGAGAUCAAAAAGCCGAAGACGGAGUAG